AAAAAAAAUAAAAAGUUACUUUUUUUUUAAUUCAUAUUCCAAUAAGUUUGAUGCGUGGAAAUGGGUUUUUCUUGUCAUGUGAAAUGUAAAUGAAAGUCGCUGGCUUUUUCUCUUUUUUUUAGCUGUCCUUUUAUUUGUAUUUUUUAUUUGUUUCAUGUUAUUCAUUGGCAUUAUAUACGAAACAGCUUCUAUUUAUUCUCUCUCUCUCUCUCUCUCUCUCUCUCUCUCUCUUUCUCUUCCACUUCUUCUUCUUCCUCUCCUUAAGUUCACAAGCGCCAUACAUACUACUGUUCUCCAAGAGGCUUUGCUUGUAUUUUGACUUCUUCAGCUGUGCGCUUUUGGUUGUUCUUGAGGGAACGAAUAAAGACUAAUGAAGAGGCUAGGCACUCUGCUUUUGAUUCUGGUAUUAAGCAGAGUUCAAGGCAAUUAUGGACAGUGCGAAAACAAGAGAACCUUAAAACCUAGACCGCAUAGUGUUUCUCUUGAGGAGUUUGGAGCAGUUGGUGAUGGUAAAAAGUUGAACACAGUUGCCUUCCAAAAUGCCAUUUUCUAUGUAAAGUCGUUCGCCGAUAAGGGCGGUGCUCAGCUCUACAUUCCUUCCGGCCGGUGGCUUACCGGAAGUUUUAACCUCACUAGCCAUCUCACACUCUUCCUUGAAAGAGGCGCUACUAUUCUUGGAUCCCAGGAUUUCACUCACUGGCAUGUUGAGGAACCCCUCCCUUCUUAUGGUCGAGGAAUUGAAUUACCAGGAGAGAGAUAUGGUAGCCUGAUUGACGGACGGAAUUUAAGCGACGUGGUGAUAACAGGUGAUAAUGGAACAAUUGAUGGUCAAGGUUCUGUUUGGUGGAAGCAAUUCACUUCACAUGCUCUAAAUUAUAGCAGACCAGAUCUGGUUGAAUUCAUUGGCUCUGAUAAUAUCACCAUCUCAAAUUUAACCUUCUUGAAUCCCCCUGCUUGGACCAUUCAUGCAGUAUAUUGCAGUAAUGUUCAAGUCCAAAACAUAACCGCUCAUGCUUCUCCCACAUCUCCAUAUACUAGUGGUAUAGUCCCAGAUUCAUCAGAGCAUGUAUGCAUUGAGAACUGCAAUAUCAGCAUGGGUUAUGAUGCAAUUGUGCUUAAGAGUGGUUGGGACGAGUAUGGAAUCGCCUAUGGGAAACCAACAAGAAAUGUGCAUAUCCUAGGUGUAAACCUUCAAUCUUCUUCAGGCUCUGGUUUGGCUUUUGGAAGUGAGAUGUCAGGAGGCAUAUCCAGAAUAUCUGCCGAGCAGCUUCACAUACGCAAUUCAUUCCUUGGAAUCGACCUCAAGACAACUAGAGGAAGAGGAGGUUAUAUAAAAGACAUUUUCAUAUCCAAUGUGGAAUUGGAAAAUGUUAACUUGGCAAUUCGAGCAACAGGUCAGAGUGGGUCACAUCCAGAUGACAAAUUUGAUCCAGAUGCACUACCUGUUGUUAGAGGCAUAACCUUUGAGAAUAUGGUUGGCAAAAAUAUUACUGUUUCUGGGAAUUUUUCUGGAAUCUAUGAAUCGCCUUUUGAAUUGAUAUGUCUUUCAAAUAUUUCGUUCUCCAUCACUUCCAAUACUUCUACAUCAUGGUUCUGUUCAAAUGUAAUGGGUUUCUCCAGGGAGGUGUCUCCUAGACCAUGUCCAAACCUCCAGGAAUCAUUUUCGAAUCCAUCCUCUUGUUUCUCUUUGAUAUACCCAUAUACUUAUUCGACAGGCCCAUGAGACCAUGACGGACAAUUACAUGCAUUUGUUUGAUUCAAUCUGUACAUAAGGUACCAUUUAGCGUCUUCCUUUACACCUCAAAUUCUGGGGAUUUUUCCAAUAAAGUUUCGACUUUUAGAUAUC